AAAACUGAGUUUAGCAUUUCUCUUUUCUUUUCUCCUUAAUUUUAAGGAUUUUCUACUUCUUAUCUACUUUUCUAAAACAUCAUAAUUAUAAAUAGGCAUGGCAGACAGUGAUGAUGAAUAUGACCGGAAGAGACGCGAUAAAUUUCGUGGUGAACGGGGUACCGCCGAAGGUAGCAGCUAUCGAAGCAGUGAUCGGCGGGAAGAGAGAAGCCGUGGCCGCGAAGAAUGGUCAGAGAGGUCGCGUGGAGGUCGGUCAGGUCCCGAUUACAGAGACUACCGUGGGGGUGCCAGUGCCAGCCGAGGCUACUCUCCUGUCAGAGGAGAGGGUCCUCCCAACAAGCGCAUUAGACCAGACUGGCCGCUAGAUGACCGGAGGUAUGGGGGCAUGCCACAUGACUCCUACGGCUCCUAUGGCUGGGCUCAUGACCAUUUUGGGCCACAUCCAGCUCACCAGGGCUAUGGGCAAGCUAUGCCUCCAGUCCCAGCAAGGGAUACAAUGCUGCCAGCCGGACCCACUGAUGGGCCUCCAUCCAUCAUGUCCUUCAAGGCAUUCCUAGCUGCCCAAGAUGACUCCAUCACAGUGGAUGAUGCCAUUCUUAAGUACAAUGAGUACAAGCUGGACUUCCGCCGGCAGCAACUAAAUGAGUUCUUUGUAGCUCACAAGGAUGAAGAAUGGUUCAAGAUCAAAUAUCACCCUGAGGAGUCAGUAAAACGUAAAGAGGAACAACUUUCUGCGUUGAAGAACCGCUUGAAUGUAUUCCUGGAGUUGCUGGAACAGAAGGAACUGGACAAGGUGACGGUGGAUGUGGACAAGUCGGACAAGCUGAUCCGUCUCCUGGACACCGUCGUCAUCAAGCUGGAGGGCGGCACUGAGGAAGACUUGAAAAUUUUAGACGAACCUGUCCAAGAGCCUUCCUCUGCUAAAGAUAAAGGAGAUGCAGACAAGCCUGUAGUGAUAGAUGUGGAUGCCGUGAAGGUCAAAGAGGAAAAGGAGGAGGAAAAGAAGAGUGAACCUGAAAAGGAGAAGAAGCCAGAGUCCCCGAAGCCGGCCACCCCGCUGGAGAUCGAGAUAGACCCGGAGCUGAAGCAGCUGCAGGAGCAGGCCAAGAUGUUCUCGCGGUUCAACGCGGCCGGCGUGGAGGAGGAGGUCAAGGAGCCCGAGAAAGAACCUCCGCCACCAGGUUCUUCAGGAUCGAGCUCGUCUUCCUCCAGCUCUUCAUCAUCCAGCUCAGAGGACGAGGGAGAGACCACCACCCGCCGCAAGUCCAAGUCCAAGUCGAAGUCCAAGACUCCGGAGAAGUCCCCCGCACGCAAGGAAAAGUCCAAGUCUCCUUCAGUGGAGAAAGUCACCGAAAACGGUAAAGAGGCUGAGAAGAAUGAGGCGGAGGAUAAGGCGGAGUCGGUGAUCAGUGACGCGCCAGAGAAGAGGGAAACUCGGGCUCUGCACAAGACGACAUCCAUCUUCUUGAGGAAUCUAGCGCCGAGUAUUACGAAGGCUGAGGUUGAGGCGAUGUGCAAGCGCUACGGUGGGUUCCUGCGCGUGGCGCUGGCGGACCCGCUGCCGGAGCGGCGCUGGUUCCGCCGCGGCUGGGUCACCUUCCGCCGGGAGGUCAACAUCAAGGACAUCUGCUGGAACCUUAACAACAUACGGCUUCGAGAAUGCGAGCUCGGCGCCAUCGUGAACCGCGACUUGCAGCGCCGCAUCCGCUCCGUCUCGGCCGUGACCCUCGAGCGACCAGUCUUGAGGGCCGAUGCACGCUUGGCUGCUAGACUGGCGCAUCUACUGGACACUCGCACGCAGCUGUGGCAAGACGAGAAUGCGGAGAAAGACGCAGCUAGUGAGCAGCCGGCUUCGUCUGAUGUGCAGAACUUCAGCCUGAACUCGAAGAACCCGGUGCUUCACAAGAUCACGGAGCACCUGAUCGAGGAGGCGUCCACGGAGGAGGACGAGCUGCUAGGCCUCGAGGCAUCUUCGGACAUGACGUCACAGGAGAGCGCCGACCCGGAGCUAAUGCGCGUGCUAGACCGUCUGAUCCUGUACCUGCGCGUGGUGCACUCGGUGGACUACUACAACCACUGCGAGUACCCGUACGAGGACGAGAUGCCCAACCGCUGCGGCAUCAUGCACGCCCGGUCCGCUCCAGGGAACAACAAGCCUUCUCAACAAGAAGUACAAGAUUACAUCAAGACGUUUGAGGGUAAAAUGUCGGCGUUCCUGCAAGACGUGAAGCCACUCACUGACGAAGAGCUGCAAAAGCUUGGAAUUAAAGAUCCUGACGCGGAGGUGGAGAAGUUCAUCCAGUCCAACACGCAGGAGCUGUCGAAGGACAAGUGGCUGUGUCCGCUCAGCGGGAAGAAGUUCAAGGGACCCGACUUCAUACGCAAGCACAUCUUCAACAAGCAUGGCGAAAAGGUGGACGAGGUGCGUCGCGAGGUGGCGUACUUCAACGCGUACCUGCGCGACGUGCGGCGGCCGCAGCAGCCCGAGCCGCCCGCGCGCAGCCAGCCCGCGCCCGCCGGCCCGCCGCCGCAAGCGUACGGCGCCGGUCCGGGCGGGCCGCCGGCCGGGCGUUGGGGCUGGGGCGGCUGGGCGCCGCCCGCCUACGCGCCCAGACACCCACCGCGCUUCUCAAGACCCAGGGAGAAUGUGGAUCGGUCGCGGCCUAUAAUAGCGUACAACGAUCUCGACUUCCCGGACAGUGGCGAUAUAUUCUAAAUUGUGCCGUAAACACGAAUUUCGUCCUUAUGACAACAGCUGCCUUAAGCAUUCCCUACAGUACAUUAUGUAUAUUAUUAUGACAAUGAGAUAUGUAAAAUGAACUAUAUAUUUUUAAUAUUAUGGUUAGGUAAUAUCAUCAAAACAGAUCCGCUUAAAAUAGUGUUCAUCAUUAAUGUCAUUCCAAGUGCCUGAGUCUUAAAUUAACUUUUGAGUAUUUAUGUAAUUACCUCGUCAUUUAACUGUGGAAAGUCACAUCAACUAUAUUUGCAAAUAUAAAUAUGACACCUAGAUUAUACAGGUAAUAUCGAUAUUAUGUUCAAUAUUUUAAGAGUUUUUAUCUUGUUACCUAUUUAUGUAAGAUGUCGUAAUGAUAAAUGGAUAGUCAGUACAUUUGUAAACUGUACUUCCUGCUAUAGUAAACGUAUUUUGAUUGUUUCUCGCAGUGAUGUCAUGUUUUCUUUAGUAGAUAUUUUACAGAAAUAUGACAAAGAGUCGAUGUUGUACACGCACGCACACAUCUAUUUAUCUUGUAAACCGUUCUUGACAUACUUAUGUAUUAUCAGAAUUUAAAUAAACUGUCGGACCUUA